AAGAACCCAGAAGCAGAGAUGAACAUCAGUGAAAUGGUCUCCUUCUGGGGCUACCCCAGUGAGGAGUAUGACGUGGUGACAGAAGAUGGAUACAUCCUUCAGCUCAACAGAAUUCCUCAUGGGAGAGGAAAUGCCGGGUGCCAAGGUGUGAGACCCGUGGUACUUUUGCAGCACGGUCUCCUUGCAGAAGGGAGCAGCUGGCUCACCAACCUGGCCAACAACAGCCUGGGCUUCAUCCUCGCAGAUGCUGGCUACGAUGUUUGGAUUGGAAACAGCAGAGGCAACACCUGGUCCAGGAGACACCAGGUCCUGACUCCCAAACAGGAUGAAUUCUGGGCUUUCAGCUUCGAUGAGAUGGCUAAAUACGAUCUCCCAGCCAUGAUCAGCUUCAUUGAGCAGAAAACAGGCCAGGAGCAGCUGUAUUAUAUUGGCCAUUCCCAAGGCACCACUAUAGGUUUUAUAGCCUUUUCCACCAUGCCCCAGCUGGCUCGGAAAAUCAAGGUGUUCUUUGCUCUUUCUCCUGUGACCACGGUGAUGUUUUCUCAGAGCCCGUUUAGAAAACUCUCAUUCUUUUCUGACUCUGGGCUUAAGGAGCUGUUUGGCACCAGGGAGUUCCUGCCACACACUGCCCUGGGGGAGCUGGUCCUCUCCAGGUUCUGUGUCUGCUCAAAGGUCUGCAAGCACAUCCUGUCGAUGGUUUUCGGCUUCAACUGGAAGAACACAAACAUGAGCCGAUUCGACGUGUACGUGGGACACACCCCGGCAGGGUCCUCGGUGCAGAACAUCAUCCACUGGCUGCAGGGGGUCCACGGUGGGGCACUGAGAGCUUUUGACGGGGGGCACAUGUACAACAGCCUUCACUACAGACAGACUGGGGCCCCGUUCUACGACGUGAAGGACAUGGAGGUGCUGACGGCCAUCUGGAACGCGGGGCAGGACUGCCUGGCCGACCCCCGGGACACCGCCCUCCUCCUCCCCCAGGUCAAGAACCUGGUCCACCACAAGCUGAUUCCCCACUGGAACCACAUGGAUUUCGUGCUGGGCCUCGACGCCACCGAGGUUUUGUACCGGGAAAUCCUUGACAUCAUGAAGAAGCAUCCCUAA